AUAUGGCUUCCCCCAGGGAAAGGCGAGACCUAACGUCAAAGUAUAGACUCUAAAUCCUUCCUCACAUGGAUCGUAACGCAGAGUUCAAGAGAUGGAAGGCACAGGGUCUGAGCAAAGCAGACCUCAGCCGAAAGGGCAGUGUGGAUGAGGAUGUGGUAGAACUUGUGCAGCUCCUGAAUGGGCGAGAACAGUACUUCACCACGAGUUCCUGCGCUGGGCGCAUCAUCCUCCUAGAUGGGAAUAUAAAUGGUUUUGAGGUUCAAAAGCAAAACUGUUGCUGGCUACUGGUUACACACAAACCUUGUGUAAAAGAUGAUGUGAUUGUAGCUCUGAAGAAAGCAAAUGGUGAUGCCAUUUUGAAAUUUGAACCACUUAUUCUUCAUGUGCAGUGUCGACAGUUACAGGAUGCACAGAUUCUGCAUUCAGUGGCAAUAGAUUCUGGUUUCAGGAACUCUGGCAUAACUGUGGGAAAGAGAGGAAAGACUAUGUUGGCUAUCCGGAGCACACAUGGCUUAGAAGUUCCAUUAAGCCAUAAAGGAAAACUGAUGGUGACUGAGGAAUAUAUCGACUUCCUGUUAAAGAUAGCAAAUCAAAAAAUGGAGGAAAACAAGAAGAGAAUUGAAAGGAACCUCUACACUGUUUUCCAGAGAAGCUGUACCAGUUUGCAUUGCCACCAACAGUGCAAGAGGGUUCCCAUUUCUUGCCAACAUCUGUUGUUUCCUGAGCUGUUAAUUUUAGCCACUCUGACUGAUGUGAGAUGGUAUCUGAAUGUGGUUUUGAUUUGUAUUUCCCUGAUGAUGAGCAAUGUUGAACAUCUUUUCAUGUGUCUGUUGGCCAUCUGGAUGUCUUCUUUGGAAAAAUGUCUAUCAUGUCUUCUGCCAUUUCUUCACUGGAUUAUUUGUUUUUUAGGUGUUUAGUUUGGUAAGCUCUUUAUAGAUUUUGGAUACUAACCCUUUAUGGUUUGGUUCAUUUUCAAGUCAGUGACAGGUUAUAGAAAGUUUCCAGAAAUUUAUUUCCCUUUCCAUAUACCCUUUUCCAGAUAUUUCUGUCAAAUUUACUAACACAAACUUUUCACAUGCCUAUAUAUCAUAGAAGUGACCUACUUUCUUUAGCUAUACCAAUAAUAAUUUAAAAACUCCUUCUUCGAAAUAUAAAUCUUGAAGAGGAAAGUGAAAUCUUUCUCAAUGACCAAAUUGUUUACUUGCCAUUCAUACAUGUAUACAACAAUUGCACAAUAGUUAUUUAACAAAUAUUUAUGGAGUGCCUAACUAUGUGUCAGUCACAUAGAAACAAGACAAAGCCCCUACCUCCACAAGGCUUUCCAUCUUGUAGCAUUAUUAAAUACUGUAUUGUGUACACCAUCACAUAGUUGCCUAGACCUUCUGUGCUCUUUACUACUCAUCAAUCAAAUCCCAUUCAAAUGUUGCCUCUUCUCAGAAGCUUUCUGGAUAGCCCAUUUCAGAAUUAACUACCUCCAUUUGUUUUCCCAUAGCACCCUCCCAUUAUUAUAUUUCCAUAGCACUUUGUUUGUAUCUUUAUAAUCAUACAAAUCAAGGAGUAGCUUGAUAUUUGUUAAUUCACACAUAUACGUCCACCAACACCAUCCUAUUAAACUUUGACAACUUGAAGGAGAAAGGUAUAUUUCUAUCAUUUUUGUAUCUCUGAUUCCUUGCACAUUGUUGGUUUCUAACAAGUACUCUCUAAACUAUUUCAGUUUAUAGACACAUUAUAUGUGUGAGAGUUCAGAGCAUUAUCUAAUUUAUUACUUUAUAGACAAAUCACAAAUUCCUGGUCAAAUCCUACUAUUCAUUACUUGGAAGAAUCUUUAUAUGAUUGAUAAAAUCAAGGGAUAGGUGAAAAACUAAGCUUCGAAGACACUGUGCAUAGUAUCAUGCUUUAUGUCUGAUGAGGUAUCCACAUUUCCAGAUUCAGCAUUCCAAGAUACACCUUGUGACCAAAGGUUAUAGAUCCUGUUCUUAUAGAAAGCCUUUUGAAAUCUUUUUAUUGUGAAGUGAUUUCCCCCAUAUUGACUACUCCAUUUCCCUCUGUCUUUUUAUAUAUAUCGGUAUAUACAUAUAUGCCCAUAAAUAUAACUAUUUUUUCUGAACCAUGUGAGAGGAAGUUGAAGAUACCAUGCUUCAUUAUCCUUAAAUACUUCGAUGCAUAUUUUCUAAGAAUGAAGACAGUCUCAUAUAAUCUCAAUAAAAAUAUAAAAACCUAAUUAUAUAAUCCACCAAUCCUAUCAAAUUUCAUCAGUUGUCUCAAUGAUAUGCUUUUUAAUCAUUUGUUUUUCUGAUCCAAGACCCAGUUUAGGAACUUAACGUAAAUUGCAUUGUCUCUUGGGGCGCCUGGGUGGCUUGGUCGGUUAAGCGUCUGACUUUGGCUCAGGUCGUGAGUCGGUCCGUGAGUUUGAGCCCCGCGUCAGGCUCUGUUCUGACAGCUCAGAGCCUGGAGCCUGUUUCAGAUUCUGUGUCUCC